AUGGUGAGUGGGAACGAGCGAACGAUUGGUAUUGUUCUCGCGUCGUUGGCGAUCGUCAAGGUGCGCUUUGGCGGGAGAAAUAGAAGAGGUUCGAUGGGACGAUUGGAAGAGAGAGGGAUGUUGGACGAAAAUCGAGAGGUGGACGAGGAGAAGGUUUUUAAAGGAAUGAUGAAAACGGUCAGGACGGUGGACAUGCCGGAACUUACAGAGCAGCAAAUCAUGGCGGCGAGGGAACGACGAAGAGCCUCGAGAGCCGGCGACGCAAACUUAGCGAAGGAGUUGGAGACGGUGGAAAUUCCCGCGAACCAUCCGUUCGCGAGUAACGAGAAGCUCGACGCGACGCAAGAGGCUGAAAGGAAGAAGAAAAUAAUAGACGCAAACUCGCCGAGACGAAGGACGAGACCUGCGGCGCCGAAACAGAAGUAG